AUGGCGUCCAGAAAGGUACAACAAGAGAUUGAGAAGACCUUCAAAAAGGUUUCUGAAGGGAUUCAAACGUUCGAGAGUAUCUACGAAAAGAUCAAGACUGCCAAUAACCCCACGCAGCGCGACAAGCUCGAGGAAAACCUGAAGCGGGAAAUCAAGAAGCUUCAAAGGUUUCGUGAUCAGAUCAAAUCAUGGGCAGCCGGCAAUGAAGUCAAGGAUAAAGCUCCGUUGUUAGAACAACGGAAGGCGAUUGAAACGUGCAUGGAGCAAUUCAAGGCCGUCGAGAAGGAAAUGAAGACAAAAGCUUACUCGAAAGAGGGGCUAUCAGCCGCUUCACGAUUAGAUCCGAGGGAAAAGGAGAAGGUGGAGGCUUCGGAUUUUCUAGCGUCAAUGGUGGAUGAGCUCCAACAGAAGAUCGAGGCUAUGGAGGUUGAGGAGGAGACAUUGCAUGCGCAAAUGAAGAAGAGCAAGAAAGAUACGUCCAAAGCGAACCGAUUAGCUGACAUCGUGCGGGUAUCGGAGCGACAUAAGUGGCAUAUCAACAAACUCGAAUUCCUGAAUCGCUCGUUGCAAAAUGGAAACUUGGAAGUGAACGCGGUGGUGGAUCUUAAGGAGAGCAUCAAGUACUACGUUGAGGAAGGCGGCAAUGUAGAUUACUCUGGGGAGGACGAGACGCUGUAUGAUGACUUGGAAAUUGGAGAGGAAGUCGAGGCACAAUUUGGAAUGGGCGCUGAGAACGAUCACCUAUCAUCACAAGAUGCCCAGUCUAUUCCGGAUGAUGAACCAGCAGAGCCAAAGCCCAAGCCAAAGGCAGAGCCACCAACAACGAGACGACCGUCCACACAGAUGAAAUCACCAUUGCCAGUUCUCGCUACGCUCUCUUCUACUUCAGCCUCUACCACACCAGGCAUGAAGCCCGCCCCUCUUCCUACCCGUUUACCUGGCGAGACCCUCAAGUAUGCCUCCGCCGCGGCCGCAGCUGCUGCUAGUGACAAGAGCGGAGUUGGUAUCUUGCCUCUCCCACCACCACCAGGAACAAGCCCAGCCUUUUCAGCCGCCCUCCCCGUCUCAAAAGCACCCUCUGUUGCCUCACCAAAUGUCACUUCAGUACUACCUGUACACAAAAUGCCCACGGCUACAACAGCUCCUUCAUUAGAUGAGCCUAUCCAGGCUCUCCGAUCAAAGAUGGCUCCGCCAGGACUCUCGGGGACAUCAUCACCAGCUGCUCUACCUCCGACAGAACCCUCCAGAGAGCCAACAACGAAUGGAAAGACAACAGAAGGCGGCGAGAGCGACGAGUCAAUAUUCCACUUACCACCAGGCUUGCAAGAUCUGGUACAGUCGUUUGAAUUGACCAAGCAACGAGCCUCCUCCAAUCCUUCACCAGCCGUUCAAAGACUCCUAGCCACGUCCCUGCAACAUUGUCCCGAUCCCACAGACGCGGAAAAGCCAAGGCAUUACAAGCCUCAAAAUCCAUACAACACCCCCCUCUACUACCCGCAAGAGCCCCUCUCCAUCUUCGAUGACCCUAGAUUGUACGAUACUGGCCGGAUCGACACGGACACACUGUUUUAUCUGUUCUAUUACCGCCAAAAUUCUUAUCAGCAAUAUCUGUCCGCGAAAGCCCUCAAGAACCAGAGCUGGCGCUUCCACAAGCAAUACCAAACAUGGUUUCAACGACAUGAGGAGCCCAAGAAUAUCACCGAGGAGUACGAGCAGGGCACCUACAGGUUUUUCGACUAUGAGAGUACAUGGAUGAACCGGCGCAAGGCAGAUUUCAAAUUCGUGUACAAAUACCUCGAGGACGAGUUAUAA